UCAAGCUACUUUUGUCCCACUAAGUCUCUACAUGACCCUUGACCCAGCAACUGUCACCUUAGCCUCAACCCUUUUCUCACAAAUUCUCUCACCUAUAUUAAUGGAUUCAUCCAGCCCCAUUCUCUGUCUCUCUCCACCCCCUGUCCCAGUAAGUCUCACCUUACCCCUAAUUCUCACUCUUUUCUCUCUAAUCUGUAUGUUCAGCAAGAAAUCAGCUCCACCUCUCGGCAUUCUCUGUCCCAGCUCUAGAUUGUCACUGAUCUCUCAGCUCCACUUCUCUCUCCCCAGAAGUUCCCCGUCGCUGAGUUGGACUUUCUGCAUUUCAGUCCCAGCGCUGCCUCUACGUUCUUGGGAUGGAAGGUGAGUUAGAAUGGCGACGCAAAGACUGGGUGGACGUCUAUGGAAUUCCCAUGAUUGCUGCCUUUUCCUCAAACUGGGAGCGAAUCAAGAAUUUCCAGGCCAGAGCCGAUGAUAUUGUCAUAUGCACUUACCCCAAGUCAGGUACAACGUGGAUCAGUGAGAUUGUUGAUGUGGUUCUUAGUGAUGGGGACACAGAUAAAAGCAAGCGGGACGCCAUACACAUGAAGGUGCCAAUGUUGGAAUUCUCUGCGCCGGGACAAGUAGCGUCAGGUUCCCUGGUGUUAGAAUCUGUCCCCUCUCCCCGUAUGAUCAAGACCCACCUCACUGUAUCUCUCCUGCCUAAAUCCUUUUGGGAAAAGAAAUGCAAGUACGUUUAUGUGGCAAGGAACCCAAAGGACGUAGCAGUCUCAUUUUAUCAUUUCGACAAGAUGAAUCAGUUACAUCCAGAGCCGGGGCCGUGGGACAAGUAUCUGGAGAAGUUUAUGCAGGGAAAAGUGGGCUAUGGACCAUGGGGUCCUCAUGUGAGAGAUUGGUGGGAACUGAGGAAGAAACAGAACAUGUUGUACCUGUUCUACGAGGAUAUGAUUGAGGACCCCAAGCGUGAAAUCCGAAAAGUGAUUUCAUUUCUAGGGAAGGAUCUGCCAGAGACAAUUGUGGAGAAGAUCUGCCAACACACAUCCUUCAAGGCCAUGAAGGAAAAUCCAUUGACCAACUACUCGUCCGUUCCUUCCGCUGUGAUGGAUCAAUCUAUCUCCCCUUUCAUGAGGAAAGGGAUUGCGGGUGACUGGAGGAACCAUUUCACUGAGGCUCAGAGCGAGAGAUUCGAUGAGUAUUAUGAGGGAGAGGUGGCCGCCACCGACUUAUCAUUUUCGCUUCUAGGUCUGGGGUCGACGCCACCCAAUGCACGGCUUGUCCAUGAGAUAAAAGAUCCCUGAACAGGACACAGGGACAGCGCAGACACAUUUAAACGGGUGAAUAAACUCGUCCUAUUCCCCUACACGCGCUCCAAUGGAGCCCAACACACAACAGACUGAGCUGUGACUGAAGACUGAGGAAUUAGGGGCGUGAAUAGAGAAAAAAACAAGUACUAUGACAAUAAAGAAGUAGAAACAUGA